UGCUUGUCAUUGCAUUUAUGAUUACCCGACGAUCAUAACCUCAGUGCAUUGUCCAUUUACUGUGAUAGUUCGGCUAUUUAUUGGGAACCCUGCAAGUCCUGGAUAUUUAAUAAAAACUGUUCAUUACAUCUUUUAAUCGAAAAUGUCGAUUCUCGCCUAUAACGGAGGGUGCGUUGUUGCAAUGCGCGGAAAGGACUGUGUAGCAAUUGCGACCGAUCAUCGUUUCGGCGUUCAGGGGCAAACAAUCGACACCAACUUCCAGAAAGUGUUUCAAAUCAACCCACAGAUGUUCCUGGGACUCGUCGGCCUUCAAACAGACAUCUUGACGGUGAAGGAUCGGCUCGCGUUCCGUAAAAAUCUAUACGAAGUGCGUGAGAACCGCGAAAUGACACCGGAGCGCUUUGCAGCUAUGCUUUCCAGUUUCCUCUACGAACGUCGUUUUGGACCUUAUUUUGUAGAGCCUGUCGUCGCCGGACUGGAUCCGAAGACCUCAAAACCUUUCAUCUGCAAUAUGGAUCUGAUUGGAUGUCCAAAUGCGCCGGACGAUUUCGUGGUAGCUGGCACUUGUGCUGAGCAGUUGUAUGGUAUGUGUGAAACGCUGUGGAAGCCUGAUCUGGAACCCGAGCAGCUUUUUGAGGUGAUUGCACAAUCAAUGAUCAACGCCUUCGACCGAGACGCGAUUUCAGGCUGGGGAGCGACUGUUUAUAUCAUCGAAAAGGAUAAGAUCACAGUCAAGACUUUGAAGACGAGAAUGGACUAGAGGUCUGCUGGGUGGAGGUUUGCUGUCGCUGUUUCUUUUUUAUAAGUUGCUUGGAAAUUUUCAAUACGAAAAUAAAUUCUCUUCUAAAUGA